GACAUAUUAUGAUGUUUCCAUCAAGAAAAUCAUAAUUUAUUUAUGAAAUACGAGUGUCCCAUUUUUGGACCACCCUGCAUGUAUAUACUGUAUGGAUGUUUGAGUUUGUGUUCCAGCUUUGACUUGAACCCAUUGACGAGACAUACCUUCUGGGGCCUCACUAUUGGUGUUGGGGUAAUCUUUACACAACCGUAUGGAGUAAGCCAACCUGGAGUGCAGCGUUUUUCAGCAACACGAUCACUCAAAGAUGCCAGACUGACCAUGCUAACAGUUAUUCCCGCCGUUUGUGUGAUUUAUGCGCUGACAGCUCUUGUAGGGCUCACGGUGUAUGCCUAUUACUCUCACAUUCAAUGUGACCCUAUGGUUAUUGGAGCUGUUACUAAUAUUAAUCAGAUAUUCCCCUACUUUGUAAUGGACGUACUUGCGGUUCCAGGCAUACCAGGGAUAUUUCUUGCAGCUAUGUUUAGCGCCGCAUUGAGUACGAUAUCAUCACUUGUUAAUUCCCUUGCUGCAAAUAUCUGGGAGGACGUUCUUAGAGAUCGCUUUCCUAACGCAAGCCUUGCUAGGGCGACGCAUAUUACAAAGGGAUUGGUGAUUGUAUUUGGGAUUUUGUCGACUGUGAUGGCGUUUGUUGCUAUGAAGAUUCCUGGUCAAAUCUUGCAGGUCACCGUGGCAUUGGGCGGAGCAGUUGGAGGGUCGGUUGUUGGGAUGUAUUGUCUUGGAGC